CAGGCGUGCGCAGAGUUGUUAAGUGCGUGAACCCAAACAUACAGACAGCGCAGAGCCGAAGAGAAGAACAUGAAAGAAUACAGUUAAUUUAAUUCUUUAACCAGCGUUGACACAUUUUUCUUUGUUUCUUUUUUUUCUUUUUGUAUUUUCUUCGUGACAUUUAAGAAGAAAUGGAGCCGAUAACGAAGUGGACACCAAAACAAGUUGUCGACUGGAUGAAAGGUUUGGAUGACAGUUUGCAGCAGUACGUCAGCAACUUUGAACGGGAGAAAAUCAGCGGGGAGCAGCUGCUAAAGAUCACACAUCAAGACCUGGAGGAGCUCGGCGUGGCCAGGAUCGGACACCAGGAGCUGGUGCUGGAGGCCGUCGACCUGCUCUGUGCUCUGAACUACGGAGUCGAGACAGACAACCUGAAGACUCUGGUUGUGAGGAUGAGGGCUGCGACCAACAGCCUCCACAUGGCCACGGCCGACCGCAGGAAGAGCCCCGCGUACGACGGAAGCACCUCACGCAAGCCGCCCAACGACUUCCUCACGUCCGUGGUGGAGCUGAUCGGCGCGGCAAAGAGCCUCCUGGCCUGGCUCGACAGGACGCCUCUUACAGGGAUCAGCGACUUCACAGCCACCAAGAACAAGAUCAUUCAGCUGUGCCUGGAGCUCACCACCACAGUUCAACAGGAUUGCAGUGUUUACGAGAUGGAGGAGAAGAUCCUGGAAGUUUCAAAGACUCUGAACAGCAUCUGUGACCAGACCGUUAGGACCACGUCUGACCCCCUGAUGAGCCAGUCCGCCUGUUUGGAAGAGGUCCAGCUGACCAACAUCAAUCCAGGCGAGGGUCUGGGAAUGUACAUCAAGUCUACCUACGAUGGACUACAUGUAAUCACUGGAACCACAGAACAUUCACCUGCCGAUUUAUCCAGAAAGAUCCACGCUGGCGACGAGGUGAUCCAGGUGAACCAUCAGACAGUGGUGGGCUGGCAGCUGAAAAACCUGGUUUUCAAACUGAGAGAGGACCCAAAAGGCGUGGCACUCCUCCUGAAGAAGAGGCCCACGGGCACCACAGGUUUCACCCCCGCACCGCUCAAGAACAUGCGCUGGAAGCCCCCGGUCCCGCAGAGUAACUCCUCCCUGAUCAGAGCCCAGUCUCCCUGCAGCUCCGCGAACGGAUCCACCAAAAAGGAGAAGCCAGCCAUCCUGGACUUGUACAUUCCUCCUCCUCCUCCAGUGCCAUACACCCCUCGAGAGGUGAGAACAGACACCUUCUCCAGCAUUAGUAAAAGACCGAAGGGCUCUGAGUCACCCAACUCCUUCCUGGACCAGGAGAGCAGGAGGCGCUGCACCGUCGCCGACUAUGACAAGAUGAGUGUGGGCUGCCCCAUCGAAGCCAACGUCAUCCAGCCCAGGAUGAGGGAGCACAGGCCGUCACGUGGGAAGCCCCGGCCUCUGUCCAUGCCUGCAGACACCUGUGUGGGAAUAGUCGAUCCCUUCGCCAAACCCUGGGCACACGGAAGAAAAGGGGAAGACCUCCUCUACCGGUACUUGAGUAACGAGCGGAUCCCCACUAUCGCCGAGGAGGUCCCCUCGGUGUCGCCGCCCUACAGGCCGGCCGGGGAGCGCCACCUCGUGCGGGUCGACCACAUCCGGGGCAGCCGCUACUACUCCAACUCAGACCUCCACAACAGCGCCACCAUUCCCUACCAGGAAGACACAAAAAAGAGCCCCGUAGCCCCCAUCUCCAAGCGCGCCACGGCUGAACGCUCACUACUGGGACCUGACUGGCACUCUAGCAGUGACUUCCUCAACCGGUAUAAUCAACCACAUAUACGAUCCUGGUCCUUCUCUCAAGCAGCGGCUUUCCCCAUAUCUGUGAGUCCCUCCAUGGCUGCCGAUGACUACAAUCCUGUCUCCCUCCGACACAAGUCCAAGAAGAAGAGCCGGGGAGGCAAUGGUACGAUGAGCAGGAGACGCAUCUCGGUCAAGGAGCUGGGCCAGCCGGACCACCAGGGCUGGCUGUACCGGAAGAAGGAGAGCAAAGGCUUCCUGGGCAUGAAAUGGAAGAAGUACUGGUUUGUGCUGAAGAGGACGGCUCUGUACUGGUACAGCAACCAGCUGGCAGAAAAAGCCGAGGGCUACAUCGACCUCACCAACUUCAUGAUCGACAGAGCCAUCGAGUGCAAGAAGAAAUACGCUUUCAAAGCCUGCCAUCCGCAGGUCAUGAUGUUUUACUUUGCCGCCGAGAGCCAAGAGGACAUGAACUUGUGGUUGAAUAAGCUCGGGCUCGCUGCCAUCCAGUAUGAGCAGACAGAACGACACACUACAGCCGAGUGUUACAGUGAAGCCAGUGAUCAUGAAGAAGCUGAAAGCACAGAGAUCCCCCCUCCUCCGUACUCUGAACAGACUCUGCGGGACGCCGUGGACACGCCCUGUCCGCCUGGUAGCACACAUCAGGGUACCCUUCCUCCACCCUACUCCUCCGCGGUCCUCGGCGAAGCCAACGGCUCGCUCUCCUCGCCCGUCAGCACCAUGACGUCGCAAAGCUCCGCCUCCUCGCUCGCCAAGAACCGGCAGUCCUGGCUGGACCUGGUCUCGCAGGCAGGUCCUCCGGCCGGGGAGACGGCGGCGGCGGCGGCUGCGGUGGUGUGCUCGGUCCAAGUCCACUUACCUCAGCCUCCACAGGAGGAGCUGGAGGAGGAGGAGGAGGCGGCGGCGCUGGAGAGCUCGGCUCCUCCGGACUCCUCAGAGGCCGGCUCGAAUGAGGAAAUCCCUGCAGCGCUCGGCGGGGAACAGAUGGAGCCUUCAGGAGCUCAGAAUGAAGGCAAAUGUGAGAGCAACUCCGAUGAGAUGGAGAAGCUGUAUAUUCACCUAAAAGAGGCCAGCCUGUCUCCGAUCGGAGACCGAAAACCAUCCACCAAGAGGGAAUUCAGGGCCUCCUUCGUGAAGCGCUGUAAGAACCAGGCUGUGAACGACAAACUGCACCUCAUCAGGACACUCAACAGCACAUUAAAGUCUAAAGAGGCGGACUUGCAGGCGAUCGAGCAGGUGCUGCUGGACCCAGGGCUUACCUCAGACAAGUUCAGAGAGUGGAAGGAAGCCAACGCUCCUCUGGUGCAGGAGAUCUGUCUCAGACAAGACCAGCAGGGGGCGUCAGAGACCACCACUGCUGCAGCACCUGUCACUGCUGCUGCUGCUGCUCCUGCUGCUCCUGCUCCUGCAGUGCCUGUGGUGGAAACCAGCCUAUAAAGACUCCUCAUGAACUCCGAGAACUUCACACUCACAAUUCUUUGGAUAUACACACACUAGUGUGGGGCAUUCAGACGAGACUUCAGACCCUUAAAAGUGGAUAUUUAAGUGCUGUUCAACAAGUAACUGUAUCAAUGAAGAGUGUUUUGUUUCCUAAACGGGAGAUGGUGGCAUUAUGUGACGCACAGCUCACGUUAAAAAGUGAACUGUGUGGUAGUAUUACUUUUACUGCUCGUUGUUUUUUUUGUCUGUGAAGCUAUUCAUACACUGUUUUUACAUUCUAAAGUGAUUCUUGUUUUUAGUCGUUUGUAUGAUCUAUUUUCAGUCCGUCUACUCUGUACUGAACAAUUUUUUUUUUUUUAGCCAGUUAUUGGUGCCAUGCACCAUAAGUGCCUGUUACACAUGUUCUGCAGUAGCUGUUGUGAUGAUUUGUGUGUUGUUGUUUGCCCUAGAAAUGAUCUCUUGACUGUAGGAUGCUCCAGACUGAACACUAGGGUCUGCACAAACAGGAUACAGGUUGAUCACAAAGCAACGGUGACUUCAUAUCUGAGAGUCAAAACUGUCAGCUUCAUCGUUACUGUGGCCUUAGUUGGAAUAGACUGUAAUUAUGUUAUACUAAACCGUAACAUUCAGACUACAACCAUUGAUACUGUGGAACUAUGUAAUUUCAAAUGUAAUAAAAAAAUUUUUACUAACUGGA